GAGACCAGAUAUGCACGCGAUUUGGCGGCGCGAGGUUGCUGGUCGCCAUUUCUAAGUGAACGGGGGUGGAAAUUUGGAGGGUUUUGUGAACGUGAUACGUGUUGUCAUUUUUGAGGGAAAUUAAAUGAAAACAAAUAUGCCCUUUGUGUAUCUAGUGAUGAGGUGUUAUUUAUUAUAUUUUUAAAGUGAACAAACCUGCUUUUAUAUUGAAUAGCGGAUAUUCCUACCUGUCUUCACUAAGCAGCAUGCACACCCCUGACGGCACCCUCGAAAAGGGACAGGCGCCCCCGUAUACUACAACACCAAUCAACCUACAGCAGAGCUAUUGUGACCAGAUGCAGGUGUCGCAUUUAUUCUCUCUUCCGAAUAUGGACGAGAAGGGCAAUUUCAGUACAAGCAUGCUAUGCAUCCAAGAUGAAAUGGGUCAACUGAGCAUACAUCAACCAGGCGAACGGCCUAAAGUAUCAAUAAGCGUGCCAGAGGCAUUAUGCAACGACAGCUCGCCGGACACACCCCAACCGGCAUUCGCUCUAAAACAGGGAUGGAUGGAAGGCAUCUUCGGAUGUCUUAGACCGGUAUGGUCGAUAAUUGGAAAAGCGAACUCCCACGAGAUCAAAGGGAAUCAAGACGAUUGGGAAAUCCCAUUCGAGUCCAUAACGGAUUUGCAAUGGUUGGGUUGUGGAGGGCAAGGGAUCGUUUUCUCAGGAAAACUAAACAACGAAGCUGUGGCCGUUAAAAAGGUAUCGGACGUAAAAGAAACCGAUAUCAAAAAUUUGCGUAAAUUGAAUCAUCCGAAUAUAAUUAAGUUCAAAGGCGUUUGUACGCAAUCUCCAUGUUAUUGUGUUGUAAUGGAAUUUUGCCCGUACGGACCCCUGUAUGACCUAUUAAAAAAUCAGCAAAAAAUGGUUACACCUGCACGGGUCGUCACAUGGGCGAAGCAAAUUGCGAAUGGAAUGCAAUAUCUCCACGCACACAAAAUUAUACACAGAGAUUUAAAAAGUCCAAAUGUACUAAUUGGGGAUGGUGAACUGAUUAAGAUAAGCGAUUUUGGUACGUCGAGAACUUGGAAUGAGGUGAGCACGAAAAUGAGUUUCGCCGGUACCGUCGCUUGGAUGGCGCCGGAGGCCAUCCAGGAACAGGCCUGUUCCGAAAAGAUUGAUAUCUGGUCAUUUGGGGUUGUUCUGUGGGAGCUACUGACAUGCGAAACACCUUACAAAGACAUGGAGCAGAGCUCGAUCAUGUACAUGGUUGGCACGGGUAAAUUGCGACCCCCAGUACCGACCACGUGCCCGGAGGGAAUCAAGCUGAUAAUGCAGAUGUGUUGGAAGUUCAACCCGAAAGAUCGCCCUUCGUUCAAACUAAUUUGCAAUCAUCUAGAAAUUGCCUCAGUUGAGAUGUUGAGUAGUUACAAAGACGAGCAGUUUUUCAAAACCCAAGAGAGCUGGAAGGAGGAAAUUAAGACCCAGAUCACCUACUUCAAACUGCAGCAGGAGAAGCGAAGACACGAAUUUCAAGUCAAGGAAGAACAGCUGAUAAAAAAGAGAGAGACUGAAUUGAAGCACGUAAGAGACGUUAGGGAGCUUUACGAUCGGAAAUUAGAAAGAGUAAAUCAAUUAUACUUAGAGUUACACGCGGUGUUGUUGCAAGUUGAGCAUCAAAAGCAAGAAACGCGAAAGCGGGAGAUGAUGCAAAGUAAAAAGAGGCUCAUACAACCGUUUAUGAAGUUUCAAAAGCGACGGUGUGGUCACAACAGUAGCACCACACCCACCAGUCCGGAGUGUAGUCUCACCAGUCCGGAUAGUCCACAAAUUAUACCUCCAAAGCCUCCAGUUUAUUCAAAUUCGAACACGACAAAUCGAUCUGAGUCCUUACCCGUUGUACAUUCCGCAUCGUCAUCGUUAAAAUCACGCAAACGCCAUCAUCGAACAAACUCGGGAUCUCCACGCGCCACCGUAUCAUCGCGCAUGUCCAGCGGUUGGUCGUCAGUUUUGGUCGACUCCGAAACGCAAACCGACUGCAUGGAAAUGAGCGAGACGGACCUAAGUCCGAGCUGCUACAGCCUAGCCAGUACGAUUCAGUCAAGUACAAACCGUCCAAAUCAACCGCAACGUGUCAUACUCCAUGAAGUACAAAAAUCGCCAGAAAACGGCAACACCGUACAAAUACACUACAUGGCCCAACACACACAACCAGAGUUGGAAUUUUGUUAAACGCUCAUGGCUAAGCGCGGAGAUGAGAUGGAUAGAGGGGCUGUGUUAAGAUCACUCCUAUCAUUUUGACAUCCAUUCUCAUGUGUAAAAAGUUUACAUUAAAUAAAAGAAGGGAUAAAGGGAAAUUUAUAAGGGCAUGCGCAAACCCGGUUUUUGGGGGUAACACCACCUUACGUGUAUAAAGUAGGCAGAGAGAAAGAAACUGUCUGACACGGAACAUUAAAACUGAGUUCAAAACUCAGUGUAUGCAUUGAGUUUGUUGAUUGUUGUUGCAGUAGGUAUAUCAUUGACAUUGAGUAAUGAGAGUUUGCUACUUAUUGUUGUUUAUAAUUCAUAGCGGGUCAAGGAGUGGAGAUACCACUGUCUAUACCAUAAACCAUAAUAUAUGUACUAUAUAUAAGUGCGCGGUACAGACAACGCGAAGAAAAGCGCGUGUGGGAGCAAAAAUGCGCUGUACUGGAGUGAAACGGAUUUUCCCUAGGGAAAUAUCAUUUCGGGACGGUGCGCGGACAGCGGAGAUAUUAAACGUGAUGCGGUACUACUCUCCGCACGCACCUCUGGUAUCUAAAGAGCCCCCCCCCCCCAUUACACCCCGCAUCGAUGUUUCGGACGCCAUAACGGAGGGGUGAUGGGGGACGUGGAGGGAACGCGAAGGCGCGAGUGACGUUUCGAGGGCAUCUUGAUCAUUGAGGAGAUAUUUUUAACUUUUUUAAGGUCAAGGGCAUCAGGGUACCCGCCCGUGGGGUUCUUGUACACUAGCCAAAACGAGGCAAAAGGAAAUAUAGUAAACCGGAUAGGCGAGACUUGCUCUUUAGUAAAUUUCAAAAAAAGAGAAUACUUACCGAAAGGGCGAACAAAGUAAACUAAGAGAUUCUUGCUCUGGUCUUGAGCUAAAGAAAUAAAAUAAUUGGAACGGUAGAACUGAAAUAAUAAUUGUGGUCACAUUCGAGGGUGAUUUAAUAAAUCAUCGAUAUCAACGUUUAAAAUUUAGCAAAAAGGGAUCAACUCGUAGUCUGGAAAUUAUCAAUAUCAAAACAGGUUUCCGCAGAAAACAGCGGAGCUGAUUGUUAAAUGGCAAUUCAAAUACAUCCAGUAAUUACGCGAUUGUAUCGAAAAACAAUGUAUACUCAAACGUUUGAUCAAGGAGUCGUCGAAAAUAAAAAUAUUACCUUUGAACUCUGGUCGUCACGGCCGUCUGAAUUCAGACGAGCGCUUUCCUGCCUUUUCUGUAACACAUAACAACACAAACAAACAAAUACAAGAGAGAUAUAUAGUGAAUAGUGAAUACUCAAGAAAUUAUAUCACACUCUUUUCCACUCCAAAAUGGAGUAUGGACUGGUCUGUUGGGGUGCAGCGUCAUACGAAUAGUUGCUUUCGCUAACGUGACAACGCGAUCAUUUCCCCUAUUUCAAAAAUUCAACAUUCUACCAAUAAAAAACCUGUUUGUCUUCAAGGUACUGAAAGAAUUUUAUAAAAGGUCGGAGAGUUUUAUAUUCAAAAAACGUGAUAUAGGCACUAGAGGCAACUGUAAAAAUAAGCUCUUACUACCUAAAGCUAACUACCACCUUUCAGAAAGCAUUUAUGUACCUCGGUUCCAAAUUACAUAACUUCAUAUUAGACCAAAUUCCCAUUAACUUAACAUCUAAGCAAAGGCAAAAAGAGAUAAAAUUGUGGCUGUUAAAAGAUAAAGAAAAUAUACACAAAGCUCUAUCAAUAAUUCGAUAGCACUUAAUGUAAUUCCUAACUCACCAUUCAUUGCGGCUAUGUGUUUUAAUUAGAAAUUUGUAUGUAGGUAAACUAGAAAGUUAGCUUUAUUUUGAAUUAUUUAACUUGUUUUAUUUUUAAUUAAGAUGGGGCGCUUAUAAUUAGAAUAAGUGUGCCUUCUCCAAAAAUUGUAAUUUAAAAAUAACAUAACUUUGUACAUUAAUGGGAGAAAAUAAAGAUUAUGAUUAUGAAUAGCGUGGAACAUAAAUAUGGCGGUAGAAUGUCUAACGUUUGACACUAACCAGGUAACUCGUAUACUAAAACUGUAAUUAACACUCCUACGUUAACUAAUCAAAAACAACAUUUUUAUCGACGACGAAUCGUCUGUACAUAUCGGCGAUGACAAAACAAUCGUGACUUUAAAUAACUCAAUACGCUAAUUAUCGUUAACAGACUAAUAUAAAGGAUAUGAAAUGUAGUUAAGCUAGUACGAAUGAAUCUUCGGAACAACAAAAACCAUGUAGACAAAAGUUAAGUGUCGGAAGGUGUUCUUCUUAACGGCAAAAGUAAUGUACGUAGAAUCAGAAAUAUCAAAGCAAUUCAUAAGAGCAAUAAUGUUCAAAGGGCUUCGUUAAUACAUGCAAACUUCAAGAACAAUAAUUCAGGUGUAUCAACUUCAAUGUAAGUAGGUCAACAUGUUUGGAAUUUGGAAUUUUCCAAUAGAACUUCCUUUAUGAAUAAUGGAAAAUCCAAAAUUCAUGCGGUUUC